AUGGACUCUGAGGAUUCUGACUUUUAUGGUGAUGAUGAGGUUGCAUCGCAGCUCUUACAGCGUGUCGCCGACUUUGACGUGGACGAAUGGGCCCAGCAGCAGCGAGAGCAUCCAGGCCGUCCGCAGCGCCAUACAAACUUCAUCGACGAAGCCUCUCACCUGCACAAUCCAUAUGCCGGGAUACAGUAUGCUUGGCAAUUGACGGAGACGAUUGACGAUUUUCUCACGCGGCUACCGCCCGCAACAACUGACCAGACACCAGAUACGCCAUGGAUCUUUAUAUGCAACCCCUACAUCCAACGGGUACACAAGCAUGAGAGCCAGAGCCAGUUCUCCAAGGGGAAUGAAGAUGAGGCGCCCGAGGAAGAGGGCAGCAAGACGGCUAUCGUCGCUCAAGGUGGUCUGGAGAGGCUUCACUUGGUCACCAAGUUUAUCGAAGGAAUGCAGAGGUCGGGAAAGGCCAAGCCUGUUGUUGAGAGGGAAAUCAGAAAGGAGCAGAAGCAGGCUACCGACGACAUUCUCAAACUGGCCCAUCUCGCUAAGGUGCGAACAGGCAAAUGGCUGUUGUUCUGCCCAGCUUCGGAAGUCAACGAGAUGUGGGAGAUUGUCGCCAAAGCAACUGCAAACAAUGAGCUUGGCAUCGCCGCCAAGGUUGCGCCGCGAUCGCCAUUGGAGGAUCCUCGCAAGGAUCGCAUUCUAUGCAUAUACACAUCCGACUUUUCGGACAAGGCAGACGUUGGGCGCGUCUUGCAAAAAAUGCGCGAGCUGAAGCUCGUAGAGGCCAGAGGCCGUCCUAUAUAUUAUAAACCGGAUGCAUUCACAUAUAUUGGUAUUUCGCACGGCAAUGCGUGGGGGUUGAGGGCAUCUAUUUAUAGCUCUGGCGACGUAUUUCCUCGCCGAGCUUGAGAGGACACCAAAUAGAGAUCAUCUUCUCAAAUUGGUAAAACAACAAGAAAUGUACACUAAAUUGCUGCAAUACUUUGAUACCAAUACCGAAAUAACCAAUGGGAGAUGUACCCAUGAGUAUCAAGCCGACUGAAUAAAACACAAUGUAUGCUAGGACAAGUAGAUACCAAUAUGCUAAACGCCAAGUUUUUUUAAUGACUUUCAUAUCAUGUCACGUCGUGCCAUGCCACGCCAACCCAAAUGCCGCCUCUCUAUAACAGUCCGAUAUAUCCCCGAGGAACCUCCUUCUCUCUAUUUGUAUGGACAUCACGACAACAGCUCGAUGCAAGCUAUGUGACUUGCCGUUCAUCG